AUGAACGACAUCAUGGGGAACUUCACCGGAGAAAAUUCCACAGUGUACCGUACUUUCUGGCCGUGUUUCCGCUGGCAUAUGGAAAAGAAAAUGGAAUACGACCUGGCAGUAGCUGCCUGCUCUCAUCUCCCCACUCCGUAUCUGGACGAGAACAGGGAAGUCGGCAUCGCCUCCGCCGUUGUCGGAACAGUCGCUCUCCUCAUGAACGGCGCUGUUCUGUCCGGGGUGCUGAAAAACCAUCACCUGUCCAAGCCCAUGUAUCUGUUCGUGGCAAACCUAGCCACGGCGGACUGCGUGGCUGGUUUCUUCUCGUUCUUCUUCUGUGCAAUUUACCAGUCGGAACUGCCGCGACCAUUCACAAUGCUGGGUUUAUUGUGCGCUUUCUUUCUAGUGUUGGUUUUAUCAGCAGUUGGUGUGGCCUUGCUGUCCAUGGACCGUUAUCUGGCCAUCCUCCACCCGAUAUUCUACCAGACUCGCAUGUCUGGGCGUCACGUUGCCGUGAGCUUGGCGAUCGCGUGGCCGGCCUGUGCGCUUGUGUGCCUGUCUCCUCUCAUGGGCUGGAACUGCAUCAGUAUGAGCACAGUGAACUGCGUAACGACCGUAUCCGUGGGCUACGUGAUUCUCAUCAACAUCAUCUUGUUGAUGGCCAUAGUGAUAGUGGUCUUCGUCAACAUCAGAAUUUUCAUCGAACUGAAGCGACGCUUCUCCAGAACCAACCCCCCCGAGAACCCACAGGACAACCUGCCCGCCGCGCGCCGCAGGGAGCAACGCAUCGCGGCAAGACAAUACCAGCAACUCCAGAAGUGCUGGAAGAUGCAGGUAACGGUUGUCAUCAUUGCAGUGGUGUUCGUCGUGUUCUGGUUGCCGAUUUGCAUCGGUGCUAUACGACAGUUUGUCUGCCAUGCAAGAGAAGACUGUGAAAUCGAGGCAAGGCCAUACUGGGGGUUGUUGAUCGCGCUCUGCAACUCGGUGAUCAACCCAGUCAUCUACGCAUUCAGGAUCAAGAAGAUUCGGGAAGCUGUGCUUCACAGGGCGCGACGACUCGCCAGCGCGGUGCGUGAAAAGUUGGGAUGGUCAUCGAAUCAAGUGGUGAACAUUCAGAUUGUUGGAGAUGCGGCAGCGAUGGACGCUCCUGGACUGAGUACGGACAAUCGGGCCAACCAGCCGGCUAAAUGGGCAGUCAGUCGAAGAGCGGCAGAGAAUCCACAAAACGCACCAAGCCCGAACCGUCUAGAUGUGCUCUUCGUAGCCUCGUCAAACUCGGUGAAGAUGCCCGGUGCUGUUGAAAUCUGA